AUGUCGAGCAGUACAAGCAAUUGUCGGAGGAAGAAAGAGAUGCUCAGCUUUCUGCUGUUCAAGACUCUUCCUGGGUUUAAGGAUGUCUUCAGCAAAGUGUCAGAGAGCACAAUCCAGACCGGGGACAUCUUGUUGUUCCCCAUAGAAACCUGCUCUAGCGGAUCGAUCUGGAGCUUCAAACAUGCGGCCGUCUACUGCAACGAAGGAGAGGUCAUACACCUCCAGAAAAUAAGAUCUAGUGGGAACAGAACUUGGAUCAUCAAGGAAGGCUAUAAAGCCAUGAAAAAGGACAGGGGGAAAUGCGAGAUUUAUCGGAAAAAAGAUGGGAUCGACCUCAAUGACUUCUAUAGUAAAGUCAGGGAGGCGAUGAACAGUGAAGCCAAGUAUGACAUCACCAAAAACAACUGCAUCCACUUCGCCCUCUUCCUCCUGGGCUUGGUGGACUUCUACAUGCAACUGGUGGAAGUUGACAAUGAAGGUGGCAGUGAUAGGCCUGUGAGUAUCCCCAGCGUCAGCCCUCCCCGGCAGGGCUGUGGGGUGGCUGGGAGGACCGUGGUGUCUCAGCGGGAUCUCGUUAGGCUUUUCCGCUUCCGACCCUCCAACGGGACACAUAACAAAGUGAGGGUGCUGCCCUUGGGUGCCAUAGCAACAAGGAGCGCCUCGUUCACUCACGCAGGCUUCCUGGCGUUUUUGCCCGAUUUCUUCUUGGUUGGGCGGCGGCGGGGGCUCGGGGUGGGGCCGGCUGGCCAGCCAAAAACACCAGCGGAUGGUGAUGCGGCCGAGGAGGUGACGAGCCCGGUGCUGGCCACCGAGGCUGGACAGCCCGCCUGCUACAGCGCCCUGCGAGCUGACGAGCUGCGGCCACUCGCUGGCCCUGAGCCUGCAGUGGCCACCAGCACUGUGCCACCACCACGGCACGAUGACCUCAAGGAGAUGCUCGAUAGCAACAAGGAUUCGCUCAAGCUGGAGGCCAUGAAGAGGAUCGUGGCGAUGAUCGCCCGGGGAAAAAAUGCCUCUGACCUCUUCCCAGCCGUGGUGAAAAAUGUCGCCUGCAAGAAUAUUGAGGUGAAGAAGCUGGUGUAUGUCUACCUGGUGCGCUACGCAGAGGAGCAGCAGGAUCUGGCCCUGCUCUCCAUCUCCACCUUCCAGCGAGGACUCAAGGACCCCAACCAGCUGAUCCGUGCCAGCGCCCUGCGGGUCCUCUCCAGCAUCCGUGUGCCCAUCAUUGUGCCCAUCAUGAUGUUGGCCAUCAAAGAGGCCGCCUCAGACAUGUCCCCGUAUGUGCGCAAGACGGCCGCCCACGCCAUCCCCAAGCUGUACAGCCUUGACUCGGACCAGAAGGACCAGCUCAUCGAAGUGAUUGAGAAGCUGCUGGCGGACAAGACCACGCUGGUGGCCGGCAGUGUGGUGAUGGCAUUCGAGGAGGUCUGCCCAGAGCGCAUUGACCUCAUUCACAAGAACUACCGCAAGCUCUGCAACCUGCUCAUCGAUGUGGAGGAGUGGGGGCAGGUGGUCAUCAUCAACAUGCUGACCCGCUACGCGCGCACCCAGUUCCUCAGCCCCAAUCAGAAUGAGUCCUUGUUGGAGGAGAGCGCCGAAAAGGCUUUCUACGGUUCUGAGGAGGAGGACACCAAGGACGCCAAGGCAGAGGCAGCCUCUCUGGCCAAGCGCAAGCCCUACGUCAUGGACCCCGACCACCGCUUGCUCCUGCGCAAUACCAAGCCCCUGCUGCAGAGCCGCAACGCCGCGGUGGUGAUGGCCGUGGCACAGCUCUACUUCCACCUGGCACCCAAGGCAGAGGUUGGUGUCAUCGCCAAGGCGCUGGUGCGGCUCCUGCGGAGUCACAGUGAGGUGCAGUAUGUCGUGCUGCAGAAUGUUGCCACUAUGUCCAUCAAACGGCGGGGGAUGUUUGAGCCCUACCUGAAGAGCUUCUACAUCCGCUCCACGGACCCCACGCAGAUCAAGAUCCUCAAGCUGGAGGUCCUCACCAACCUAGCCAACGAGACCAACAUCUCCACCAUCCUGAGGGAGUUCCAGACCUACAUCCGCAGCAUGGACAAGGACUUUGUGGCAGCCACCAUCCAAGCCAUCGGGCGCUGUGCCACCAACAUCGGGAAGGUACGGGACACCUGCCUCAACGGUCUAGUUCAGCUCCUCUCCAACCGGGAUGAGCUGGUGGUGGCUGAAUCUGUGGUGGUCAUCAAAAAGCUGCUGCAGAUGCAGCCAGCCCAGCACAGUGAGAUCAUCAAGCACAUGGCCAAGCUCACCGACAACAUCCAGGUGCCAAUGGCGCGGGCCAGCAUCUUGUGGCUCAUCGGCGAGUACUGCGAGCAUGUGCCCAAGAUUGCGCCCGACGUGCUGCGCAAGAUGGCCAAGUCCUUCACCAACGAGGAGGACAUCGUCAAGCUGCAGGUCAUCAACCUGGCGGCUAAGCUCUACCUGACCAACUCCAAGCAGAGCAAGCUGCUGACCCAGUACGUCCUCAACUUGGCCAAGUAUGACCAGAAUUAUGACAUCCGUGACCGGGCUCGCUUCAUCCGCCAGCUCAUCGUGCCCACUGAGAAGAGUGGGGCCCUCAACAAGUACGCCAAGAAGCUCUUCCUGGCCCAAAAACCUGCUCCUAUCUUGGAGUCCUCCUUCAAAGAUCGGGACCAUUUCCAGCUGGGCUCCCUGUCCCACCUCCUCAAUGCCAAGGCUGUGGGCUACCAGGAGCUGCCUGACUGGCCAGAUGAGGCCCCUGACCCCUCCGUGAGGAACGUGGAGGUUCCUGAAUGGACCAAGUGCACCAGCCGGGAGAAGAGGAAGGAGAAGGUGGAGAAACCUUUCUACUCUGACUCGGAGGGCGAGUCGGGGCCUACGGAGUCAGCAGACAGUGAGCCCGAGUCUGUCAGCGAGGAGAGCGGCAGCAGCAGCAGCAGCUCCAGCAGCUCCAGCUCUGGCAGCGAGGAGGAGGAGGAGGAGGAAGAAGAGGAGGAGGAAGGCAGUGGCGAGCAGUCAGAGGACAAGGAGGAGGAGGAGGAGAAGAGGACGAAGAGAAAGGAGAAGGAAGGCUCCCGGAAGGCAGCGGGCAGCCCCAGCGAGGAAGAAGAGGAGGAGGAGGGGGCAAAGAAGGCCAAGAAGAAAGCAUCGCAGGGGAGGAAGAGCCGCACCGAGACCUCGUCGGAGGAGGCCAGCGCCUCUGAGAGCAGCUCCUCAGGCUCCGACUCAGGCUCCGAGGCAGAGACCAAGCGGAGGAAGCCCCCCAGCAGCAGGGCCGGCCCCAAGGAGAUCUCACUGCUCGACCUGGAUGACUUCACACCCCCCCCUCCCCAGCCUGUCCCUUCCAGCAGCCAUCUGCUGAGCCCGGCGUUCGGCGCGGUGAGGACCUACGAGCUGCUCCACCGCAUGGCGGGCGAGGGGCUCUCGGUCGAGUACUGCUUUAGCCGCCGGCCCUUCCCAGGGGACCCCCACAUGGUGGCUGUCCAGAUCCAGAUCUCCAACAACACUGAUGCCGAGGUGAAGAGCCUACGGGUCAGCGAGCCCAAACCGCUCUCCGGCAUGCGGAUCCAGGAGUUCCCCGAGAUCGAGCGCCUGGCACCCGGGGACACAGCCAGUGUGGUGAUGGGCAUCGACUUCUGUGACUCCACCCAGGCGGCCAACUUCCAGCUGUGCACGCACACGCGCCACUUCUACGUCUCCAUCCAGCCGCCCGUGGGGGAGCUCAUGGCCCCCGUCUUCAUGAGCGAGAACGAAUUCAAGAAAGAGCAGGGGAAACUGACAGGCAUGAGCGAGAUCACGGAGAAGCUGACACUGCCCGAGAAAUGCCGGAGCGACCACGCCAUCGUCCAGCAAGUGACCUCAGCUGCCAACGUGGGCCGUGUGCCCUGCGGUGCCGACAACGAGUACAGGUUCGCAGCCAAGACGGUGACCAGCGGGAGCCUGGUGCUCAUCACCCUGGAACGAAGGGAGGGCGCCGCGGCCCAGCUGACCGUCAACAGCGAGAAGAUGGUUAUCGGCACCAUGCUGGUGAAGGAUAUCGUCCAGGCCCUGGCGCAGUGA